CCUGCCGGGCACCAGGGAUGGCGUCACUUCCGCCCUCGUACACACACGUGAAUUUGACAGUUCUGUUUGUUGCAUCUGCUGUGAAUUGACAAUGGCUUUGUUUACUAGGCUGUGAGAGCAGUGCAGGUGGAGGGAGCACGUGUGAGGGUAGCCGAGUGUCAGCAGGCAGCAGAGUCAGCUAUAGGCCGGCGUUGUAUUGCAUCAGUGGAGUGGAGGAUAGGGGUAGUAGUGUCACGUACACCGCACGCUGCUCCGGGCUCUCUGGAACCUAGUGCUGUUACCAGCCCGCGCUGUGCUCGCAGCUUCCUGCUGUUACCUAUAGGACUGUCACCAGUGUGUGUUACCUGUUAAAGCCACAUGGUGGUGCUGAAUUACCACAUAUUUUGGUAUGCUAUAUGUAGGAGGCAGGGAGUCCCUACAGUUUAUUUCUUGAUUUUUAAAACAAUCCAGAACCUGAUUAUAAUUGCUAUGUGUCUAUAAAUAAUCAAUGCUGAAAUAUUUAAUUUUAUGUUUAUGUAUUGUGUGUGCUCUUCAGUAUAACAGUACCUUUGACAAAAAAGGUAGUUUGAGAAAUGAGUGUUUAUUUUUAUUUAUUUUUUAGAAUGUGAACAGUUGUUUUUCUUGCAUUUUUCCUCCCCUUCCACAUAAGUAGAUAAUGGUUCAAUUACGCCCACGGAAACGGCCCGGUGCCCAUUUACCCACAAGUGGCUCUGAUCACCCAGGCCCUUGUAAUGCGGAUGCUUCUGAGCAUGGCGCAGAGGAGAGUUGCAUUGUACCAUCCUUACCGCAGCCUAGCCAGCAGGUGCUUGGGAGCUGCAGUGAUGAAAGGGUGGUUGUUCGGAAGAGAGGUAGAAAGCCAAAGAGUAGAACACCAGUUGGGUGUGUUAUAGAUGAGAUUAAUGGGAAGCAAACAGGUUUGAUAAAAGAAAUUGGGAAAUCAGUUGAUCUUCCUGUAGGUAACAUUACCAGUGACAAUGCUAUACAAAGACUCCCAAGAAAGAGGGGGACUAAGCCGCAAUGUUGUUGUGGUCAGAUUUCAUGUAAUGACGUUCCUACUGUUUCACAUGAUAAAAAACUGCCCAAGAAAAAGGGGCGAAAGCCAAAGUGUCAGAAAAGUGAAUCGCAGAUAAUCAAAACAAGUGAGAGAAAACAAUAUGUAUCUGCUGUGUUGGGGGAAAAAAGCGAUGUAAGAAGGAAGAGAGGAUUUACAGUUUCUAAUCUAUCUGUUCUUUUAAAUGAUGUCAAAAAGUCAAGUUGCAGUCAAAGUAGCACAUCAACCAAGCAAACAGAAGUAAGAAAGCGAGGCAGAAAGCCAUUGAAUCAGUCAUUGAUUCAGUGUGAAGUUUCUGAGUCGUGUGUCAGUGAAGCCAUACCUAAAAGUGGCUCAAGUAAACGAGGGCAGGUGGUGGGGUGUACUAGUGAUGUAAAGGAGCCAGGCAAAAACAAGAGAGGGAGAAAACCAGGUCCACUUAUUCGCAAGAAAUUACAGGCUACUCAGCAGCACUCUAACGUAAGCAAUGUUUCAAACGUGAUGAAGAAGCCGCUUCCAGAACCUAGUGUGGAUCAGCAGGCAGAAGAAGAGACUUCUACUAGACAGCUUCCCUGCUGCAAAAUGGAGCUCAGAAAUUCUAGAAAGACCAGAAGUGCUCCUGCUUUGCGCUUAUUAAAACAAGAAGUCCCAUACUCUGCAGAAAAAAAUGCUACAUCCCCAAUGCAAAUACUUGACCCUUCCCGCAAGCUGAAUGAUGAAGAAAAAUCUAAAGAUUGUACAAUAUCGGAAAUUAGUGUCAAUAAAUGUUCCACAAAUACAUGUAACGCCUAUGCUCGAGGCCUACCAAACCCAAUUGUGAGGCUUGAAAACUGCAAAAGCCUCCAUAAACAACCUUGCACAGACACAAAAACAUUAGCAGUCAAAAGCAUGUCUGCUGUCAAGGAUCUCAGUACGCAAAAUAAAGUCUCCUCCGAUAACAUUGUAACAUCUAACAAUGCUUGCCUAUCUGCUUUAGAUAAGGCAGAAAACAAUGACGUUUUUGAAUCGACUUCAAUUGGGAAGAAACCACGGCUAAUUCGUAGGUUGAUAACAGUAAAACAGAAAUGUAAAAAGAAAGCACAAAAAGUAAACAUGCACAUUGAAAGGGGUGAUAGUCAUAGCACAGGUUCCGAUAGUACUACUAUGAAAGUGAGAAAUGAAGGAACUGAAUUUAGGGUGGAACAGCCAGAUAAUGUCAAAUUGUCAUAUUUACACAAUGAUGAUUUGCUUGAAGAGACAAAUAAUAAUACUAUAACACAUGUAAAUUCAGAGGAAAUUAAUGAAGUUUCUGUCCAGAAAACUACUGAAGGCACAUAUUCUUGCAUUUCUUGGAACAACUGGCGCGACCAGUCACCGAUUUUGUCAGAAGAGGAAAUUAGUGACAGAGACUCUAUUAAUAAGUGGGCAAUGUCUCCCAGCAAUGCUGGUUAUUCGAAUUCCUCACAAACGGUAGAAAAAGAACAUGUGUCCUGCCAACGAAUCGUUCCAUUUAGUGGGAAGAGCAUAUGGAAGUGUUCUUGUGCCAGAACCUGUGUUUGGGAUUUCGCACGGAAAGUAGCAGCUGAUAGUACAGAAAUAUUGGGAAUUAAAGCUGAGCGUUCGCUUGAGAUUUACUCAAGUUACAUGCCUCAUUUAUUUGAAAGUAUUAGUGAGGAAAGCAUGCAGGGAAGAACAGAAGACAUUAACAGUGAAGUGCUAGAUAAAGAGACCAAGUUAUGCUCAGAAAAUAGUCCACAUUCUAUUAACACAAGUGUUUCCAUAUUGGAUGAAUCUCAUUGCACUGAGACAGAAAUAACCACUGACGAAGCGGAUGACGGACGAGUUGCUUCUGUACCCUUACCAUCUGAAGCUAAAAGCAUGGAGGAAAAUCUAGCUACUAGCAUAGAUUUUGAAUCUGAUGAUAUACAAAAUACUAGUCCACCAACCCUAUCCAGUGACCCACAAAAAGCUGAUAAAAACCAUCCAGUUUCCAAAUCCCCAGAAAAGUCUGGUACUAUACUAAAAUUGAGUGAUUCAUUUGAUAUUGGCAAAGGCGUAACUGGAGAAAGUCCUAUAAUAAACCGCACUCCUACUAUUUCUUAUCUUGAGGACAUUUUGGUUCUGGAUGUCAUUCCGGAUGAUCCAGAUCUCUUUGACUUUUCCAGUGAGGAAGAGAUACAUUUUUCUAAUUCCAAAAUUUAUACCUCUAUUUCAAAGCCAAAGAUGAAGCAGUUUAUUCCAAAGGAAAAGCCAUCUCCAGAUAUUAAAAGCAGUAAAGCUCAUACCCAAAGGAUUGAACAUUCUUUUGAUAGUUACAUAGACGAAUCAAAUGAUUUUAAUACUGAGCUGUCAGCAGUGAGUGUUCUCACGCCACCUUCUGGCACCCAGCACACUGACAACCAUGUUGACAUCACCGGCCAACUCCUGGACAUAAGUCAGCUGCCGGACCAGGCUAUAGAUUGUCAAUACAAUGGGAAAAACAUGCCACUUCUAGCUAAAGAAAACUCCAGCCAGGAGAAAAGGAAGCCUGAGUUCUCUUAUUUCAAUCCUGAAAUACAGACAGCUCUGCUACCGUAUGGAUACUGCAAAUUUUUUUUUAACACGUUGAAGGGAUGCUUUCGCAAGCAGUGUUCAUUCCUCCAUGUUCCUAUGCAGUGUGACGAGAAGAUAUGCAUGGAUUUGUUGCGUAAGCUGCUUAAUGAAAAACAUGCGCUUUUAUUAAGACGUGCAGUUUGGAUUUUCACACAGUACUAUGGCCAGCAUCUACCCAGAGAGCAUUAUGAUAAAAGCAUUUUUAAUGCUCUCAUCAAUCCAUCUCUAAAUAUGAGUUGUUGGCCAGAUGUGUUUCACCUUUUGGAAACCGCUGUUACCGCUAAAAUACUGCCUUCAGUAGACCUAUUAAUCAAGGUGUUUCAGAGAGUGUCAUCUACUGGAUUAAACACAGCAAUGUCCCAUUUACUGGACAUAUUCUGCAAGCUUGUAGAUCAUGGAUUGAACUGUACUUCUGUAGAAAUCCAUCAAAUAAUAGCAACAGUCAACCCGCUCACUGCAUCAACAAGUCACGUUAAAAUGCUUAUGUCCAUAAAAUCAAGAUUUUAUUUGAAGCCUUCAAAACAGAAUUGGACUCGUGACUUGGGUAAAGCUAUUGCUGAAGUUGAGCAUUGUAAACUUAACAGUAACUGGAUGAAACUAGGGAAUUUAUACCUUCACGUCUGUAGAGGAUGUGAAAAUAUAACUGAUCUUAAGAAAUUCUCAAGAUGUGUAGCUGAAGCACUUAUGAAAAAUUCAGAUGAAGAAAGAUCAGAAGUUCCUUACUGUGAAUUUGCAGACACCAUAAUCAAAAAUCCUCCGCUUAAUGACAUACUCAAAAACAUUCUGGGAAGAAUCGGAAUUUCUGUCAUGUUCUAUUAUCACCGCAAAGAACUGUGGCAAAAGGGAAGAAGAGUGUUGUGCAAAUUAAAGGAGCUGCAGAUCAACUACACAGUCUUGAAAGGGCUUGCUGUUCAAGAAAGUGUUGCAUCACGAUGUCAUGUGGUUAAUAUUGCUGUGGAGAUAUUCCUCAUGUGUGGAAACCUAAUUACUGCGUGUAAAGUACUGAAAGAGUCAGAUUGGAUAAUGAACACAACAACAUGGCCUUGUGAAAGGAUGGAUGUUCUGAAGCGUCACAACUUGCUCUGUGCAUUAGUACAAGAAGCACUGUCUAAGAGCAUGUACACUAUGUGUUUUGACGUUCUCCAAAAUCUUCCUGGAUUUCAGGAAUCACAAGCUGACAUCACAGUCUCUCAGUAUCUUGUGCUCUUUAAUAAAGUCUUGAGCUCUUCUGUUGAAAAUCGAUGUCUUGGGAUAUCUUCUUCAAUUGUAGACUUUAUGGUCGCUAACAAAAUCCCAGUUGAAUACGUCAGUCUCCAGCAAUUGAUCACAACACUUGGACACAGUGGUCUGUGGCCUAAAGCAAGGAAGCAUUAUAAAGAUGCCUUGUCAUUUGGAUUUUACACUCUGCUUGAAGGAAACAAGGAUCAUAAAAUACUUCACAUUCCCUCCUCUAUGUCAGACGUAGAGAUGCUAAUAACUGUUGAGCAUUUCAUGGUUACAAAUGCCAGCAGCAUUCAGUCACCUGGGGGUUCCAAUGAGAGUCUGCAGAUUGUUCUGAAAAGAGUGGAAGCGGACAAGGCUCAGUGUGAAGACAGCUAUCACACCGCCAUCGGCAGAUUACUGGAAGCCAGCAGGAUGUCCAGCCCCAGACUGUUCCUUAAGCACAUGACGGUCAACAGCACAAAGGAGCAAGUUUACAUUUUGGACCAUAACUCGUCUCUUAAAUGGCUGCAUGAGAACCUGAAGUGGGCUGGGACUAUCUGGAGCAACCAGUAGAUCUGUAUGCUACAUAAAAAUACAAAUGAUAAAAAAAUAUAUAUAUAUUUAUGUUUAAUUUGAUUUCUUGCUGUUUUUAGUAGGUUUUUAUUCGUCAUGUCUGUGUCUAGUUUAUAAGUUAUGGUUUAUAUGUUAUAUUCUAUAAAUUAAGGUGGAUACAUAAGAAUAAAUG